AUCUGGCAGUGUGGUGGCUCCCUGGAGAUCGUCACCUGCUCGCACGUCGGCCACGUCUUCCGCAAGGCCACCCCCUACACCUUCCCCGGGGGCACGGGGCAUGUCAUCAACAAGAACAACAGGAGGCUGGCAGAGGUCUGGAUGGAUGAGUUUAAGGACUUCUUCUAUAUCAUCUCUCCAGGGGUGGUGAAGGUGGAUUACGGCGACGUGUCCGUCAGGAAGGCCCUGAGGGAGAAGCUGAAGUGCAAACCCUUCUCCUGGUACCUGGAGAACAUCUACCCUGACUCCCAGAUCCCCCGGCGCUACUACUCCCUGGGGGAGAUCAGGAACGUUGAAACCAACCAGUGUUUAGACAACAUGGGCAGGAAGGAGAAUGAGAAAGUGGGGAUUUUCAACUGCCAUGGCAUGGGAGGAAAUCAGGUGUUCUCCUACACGGCCGACAAGGAGAUCCGCACGGACGACCUGUGCCUGGACGUCUCGCGGCUCAACGGCCCCGUCCUCAUGCUCAAGUGCCACCACAUGAGAGGCAACCAGCUCUGGGAGUACGAUGCUGAG